AUGUCGGACGCGAAUAGUAAAACAGAUUUGAAUACAGAUAAAAAUAAUAAUCGGUCGAACAAACCCGAGAUACAACGAUAUUCAGUUUCGAAAGGAAAAUAUUCGUCGAGACUAAAUCCCGAUAGACCAACAUCAGGAAAUUCGAAAACUUCGAAUACUCAUCAAAACAAAAACCAAUAUUAUCGUUACGAUUCUAACUAUUAUGAUGAUAAUCAGUACUAUAAUCAGUCACGACCACAACGAAGAAAUCCUAAAGCCAAAGUUGUCGAAUCAGAAGUCAAAUCAAACGUAGCAUCACCAUCUCGAAAACAACAAAGCAACAGCGAUAUCGAAUCGGAUGUUGAAAAAGGUAUUAAAACUAUGACAUUCGAAAAUCAAACUCUAUCCAAACCGAAAUCACCUGAACCUCCUGCUACUCGCGGCGGUUUAAUAUUUCUCAAUAACACUAACAACAACAACAAAGAUACUCAUCAAGAAACACCUGAAACCGAGUCUUUACCACGACAGUAUUACAGUCAGACACGGAAAAGUCAAGCAAAUAAAAAGCCCACUCUUUCCAAUCAACCACAACCGAUAACACAAUCCUCACGUGGUUUAACAAAUGUCACUCGAACUUUAUACGAUCCAAAUGCACCAACACCCAAAACUCCACCAGUAUCACUCAUUCAACCAACAACGACAGUCAAAACAAUACCGAAUCCUUCCCCACCUCAAGCUCCUCUAACACAAAUUCAAUCUUCGAUCUCAUCACCCAAUACUCACGCACCAGUACAAGAAUUCUAUCAAAACUAUCAAUCGCAAUUCUUAAAUUCAGAAUUGAUGAAUCAAACGCAUGGACAAGCAAAUCUACACAAAGAUUCAAAUUUACAAGCUUCGCACAUGAGAAAGCAAGCAUUCAACUAUUGGUUAACUCAAAUACAUACUUUAGAAAAGUCCUUAUCAAUCUACCUGAACAAUUCUCCACAUAUGGAAGCUAAUUUUCGACGGAUGAUGGAAGCCAAAACGACACUUCAACAAGCGUACAUUCAUGCCAUGAUGAUCGACAUCGAAAUUUCGCUCUCGAAAAACCUCGAUGCUCAAUUGUGGAAAUCUUGUUUUCAUAACGUUAUCGAACGUUUCAGAGAAUAUGAUAAACAAUCGAUUGAGAAUCAUAAUGUAAAACAACUUAUCGAAACUGUUAUCGAAGAUGGUGAACAAUUUUUUCUUGCAUUUGUUCGUCAACUUGAAUCGACAUUCCAUAUCGAAGUCAAACUAUAUUUCGAUCCAAAUGCGUAUCCACCUGAACUGAGUACUAUUCUGGCGAAAUAUGCACUUCUAUGUGCUCAGCAUUGCUUUCUUAAUCUUGGUGAUCUCGCUCGAUACAAAGAAACUAAUCGAAAUGGUAUCGAUUAUUCCGAAGCAAGAAAGUAUUAUCUUCGUGCUCGAUUAUUAUACCCUAAAAAUGGAAAAUCAUGCAAACAGUUAGCUAUCUUAGCUGUAAUGACUCAUCGACGACUAGAUGCGAUUUAUUAUUAUGUUCGAGCACUUGCUACAACAGCGUUGAAUGACAGUGUGAAACAAAAUCUCAUGUCGUUGUUUGAGGAAGCACGACGACGAUUGGAAACAUUUGAAAAAGAAUUGAAAGAACGUGAUAAGAAGAAUGAACGGAAAAUACGAGCAGGUAAUCAAAAACUUGAGAUAUGGAAACGAACGGAUGGAACAGUUGUCGGGCGAAGUCUCGAUGAUGGACAAUCGACCAACGAAUACAAUGACUUUGAUGGUUCAGUAUCGCAACAAGAACUUAUUCAUUGGUUUAUACUUAAUUACAUAACAUUACAUGGAAAAUUAUAUACAAGAACAGGCAUGGAAACAUAUACUGAGUUGUGUUCACGAAUGCUUCGUCAAUUUCAAAAUUUACUCCGGCACGAUCCAUGCGUUUUCGGUAAACAACAACUCGUUCAAAUGAUGGCUAUUAAUAUGUAUCAAAUCGAAGUAGCCAAACAAGUGAAAGUCUCAGUUGAUAUUGAUGUCCGUUCACAAUACGAAGAAUCUUCUCUUCAGUUAGCAUUGGACAUGUUUGGUUUAUUAACCGAACAGACGGCAAUUAUGGUUGAUCGUCAUUUAAAGACUCGCUCAACAUCAAGUAGUGCUGAUACACCUCCGCCUAUCUUCAGUAGUUGGCUACGACAUGUCUUUCCAUCAUUGAAAAUCUUUACUGAUUGGAUGACAUGCAAUGCGAGUUCAUUCAUUUCAUUGCCUGAUCAAUUACCAGCUGAAUACGGUCCACAUCCCGAUAUUCUAAUGUCGCUUGCUAAAGUCGUUAAUCGUAUUCGAACUAUUGAUCGAACGUAUAUUCCACUUGCUUCGAAUUUGCCAAAUUCUGUGCCAGUCAUAUUGGAAGAAGAUGUUGAACUCAGUGGAUUCUAUCCACUACUCACGCUACCAGCUGAUACGUUGCAAACUACAAGUGAUGCGCCAUUGGAUGAAGCGAAAGAUUCGAAACGAAUUACUCGAUUGUGCUUCUUUGCUGACUAUUUGUGCGGUCUAACUCAACCAGUAUUCAUAUACAAUGUUCAGCAGAAAACGUACCAACCAGCUAUCAAAUCAUCGAUUCAUUCCGAGCGAAGUAAAAGUCCUCUUCGUGAAAAUCAUAACAUGUCACUUGAUCGUGAAAAUAAUCUAACUGAAUCUGUCUCUUCAUUAUCGACGACGAAUAGUAUUGACCCAUCAUCCCCCGAUUCAAUCGUUAAUGGCAUUGAUAUGAAAGAACUGAAACGUAAAAAACGACAACUAGAACAUCAAUUAGCCGAGAAACAAAAGCAAGAACAAGUUGUGAAAGACAUUCUCAAUACAUCUCGAUCGAUUGAAAUCGAAGUCGUCCCACGUUAUGUUGUUCUCGAUACAAAUUGUUUUGUAAACUAUCUUCCAAUAAUCCAUAAACUGAUUCGACAUGCUCGAUUUACUAUCAUUAUUCCUCUAAUUGUCAUUUGUGAAUUGGAUAAAUUAUCUAUCUCGACGAUUGUCAACGAUGAUUCAUAUGAACACGCAGAGAUGGUUCGUCGACAAUCGAUUCAAGCAGUCAAAAUGAUUGAAGAAUGUUUUGCAAGUAAAGAACGACGUGUGCAAGCCAUGACUGGCGAAGGAACAGUAUUAGAUUCCAUUCAGUUUCGAAAUGAAGUGAAAAAAAACGAAUCAAAUGACGACACAAUUUUAGGUUGCUGUUUGAAAUAUUGUCAUGAUAAUCCUCGAGAGUUCUUUCCUCAGAGCAAAGACGGCGCUAUUCGAUUACACCGUGAAGUUGUUCUAAUCACUGAUGAUCGAAAUUUACGUUUGAAAGCUCAAGCACGGAAUGUACCUGUCAAAGAUCUAAUGAAGUUUCUGGAACUUGCUCAAGUUGAUCUACAGAACUGA